ACGAUACAGGUGAAGCUGAUAUUGCGUACGACCACCUUCAUUAUUCUAUAAUAUUUCCUCGGGAAACACCUAAUUAGAAUAUCGUUAAAACAGGAUCGGCUGGAAUAGUGGAAUAUAUCACCUGAGAUUGCAUACACGAGUAUCACAUAGUGCAUUGGUUUAGUGAAAGUGUAACGUCCUUACUUCGACACUAAAAUGGUGACGUCGUGAUAACAAGAACUAGUCAAAAAAUACCACAUCAUCACAGAGACUAAUAGCUUUCGAACAUGGACCGAAGAGAAACGACAUCGAUGCAACCUAUUCAGGCUGAUGCCAACAAUAUACCUAAAGGAUCAAUUGAUUGCGGUGUACAAGCGAUUGGAUGUUGCAAUGGACCAGGGUGUCAAAAACUUGGAACAAUACGAACAUUCUUAAUCAUCUUCUCCAUAACAGGGAUACUACAGGGAGCUGUUGAUAGCUAUUUCCGAAUAUCUGUAAAACAGGCAGCCCUCGAUUAUGGAUUUGACGCAGCAAUUGUCGAUUGGCUACUAGCGGCCAACUCUAUUGCACAAUCGAUAAUUGCCAUCUUCAUAACGCAUUGGGCGAGUAAAUUCCACCACAUGUCCUGGCUUGGAUGUCUGACAAUGAUUCAAGCGUUGGGUUGUAUUAUGGUGAUAGUGCCAACUAUCUCGUCGCAAAACCUUGAGGGCUCUUCCACCAGUCUUGCACCAAUCACUCCCCUCUGCCAAAAAACAGCGAAUAUAAAAUUCACGAACGGGAAACCCUAUGCAGUAGACACAUUGGUACUAUUGUUCAUACUCCAACUAGGCACAUCGCUAGGAGCAACAGUAUUCUACACAUUGGGUUUCACCUAUCUAGACGACAAUGCUGAACUGGUCGAUAGCCCCGCCCUCAUUGGAACAGCCCUGGCAGCUCGAUUUUGGGGUCCACAAUUCGGCUCGGCGGUAUCUCUAGCAGUAAACGCGACACCUUUCACAUGGUGGCUUGGAUGGACAGUAAUUGCUCCAUCACUUUUCAUUCUCGGAUUUCUACUAACGCUUUUCCCCAGACGCUUACUAAAGACCGUUAUUAAAAUGGCAGCCAAUCGUAUUAUCGAAACGAACAACUUAACACCACACCAACCAGCCAAGUUUAUUGAGGAUGUUAACUUGUGGCCAUCGUUGAAGCGACUUUUUCAAAAUAGGAUUCUGAUACUAAAUAUCCUGGCCAUGAUGUUCAUCCAAGCUGCCUCGAUGAAUUAUUUAAACAGCGAACAGGACUACUUGAAAUCCCGAUUCUUUGUACCUUCAAAUGAAGCGAGUGGUCUUAUCAACGAGUGGACUUCAAGAUUUCUGGCAAAUUUACUUAAGCCCCCGACGAUAGCUCUAACAGUGCUCGUUGCUGGGUUGAUCAUUGCCAAAAUUAAUCCUAGUGCAAGGUCUCUCACGAUAUGGAAUAUAUCAAUCGGGGUCAUCACUUGUCUCCUCUACGUGUCAUACAUCUUCAUAAAAUGUCCAAAUGUAAAAAUGGCUGCAACUAUGGGAAACAAAAUAAUGCAACCGUUUUGUGCAAGUAGCUGUGAAUGUCCACAGAAUCUGCAGUUUCUCCCGGUAUGCCCGCAGGGAUCCAUACAAACAUAUUUUUCGCCAUGCCAUGCUGGAUGCUCAUCACAGACGGUUCUAAAUGACGUCACUAUCUACCAGAAUUGCACAUGCGGAGCUGACAGCAGUUUUACCACAAAAAACAUAUUGGCAACUGAGGGCGCUUGCAACUACAAGAGCUGCCAAAAAAUGUGGAUUGUAUUCCAGACAAUGGUGAUAUUUUCGGCUGCCUUGCUCAGUAGUGGAAUUAUAGGCCGAAUCAUAAUUUCGCUCCGAAGUGUCCUUACACAGGAUAAGUCUCUAGCGCUCGCCCUUGAGCUCACCAUGGUAGGUCUAUUCACCUACAUACCUACAAAGAUUGGAUAUUACUUCGUAUCAGUUUACACUUGUCAGUUCCAAUCGGUCAGCAAUUCCGAAUGCGAACUACAUCAAUCACCGCUACAUGGGAACAUCCUUAAUAUCAUAUCAGCUUCUUUGAUCUUGAUUGCAAUCAUCUUGGACUGCGUCCUACUCGCUUUUGUGAAGUACCUGGACUGCUAUCACGACACCACCGAAGAGUCCUUCCGAACUCUUCCUUUACGAGCAAUCUCCUCAAACAGUCGUUAUGAGGAGCUAACAGAAAAUGGUAGAGAUGAACAGGAUGGGUCGUUUGUAGACAGCAAUUCACCACUGAUACAUUCGAUUCAAAGCACCCAACCAAGCUUCAGAGGAACAAGUAAUACCACUUCCGAAAACCACGAAGAAAGCCCGAGUAGGGCAUUAACUGCUGAUAGUCCAGUAGAUUCCAACACAGAACACCUGGACUUCAAUGUAGCGAAUGGAGAUAAUAACACAGGUCAAUCGACAGAUGAAACGACAGGACCAUCGAAUAUUUAUAGUAAUACACAACAGUCAAGGAAAAAUGUAGGACCAACAAGUCCUGAGACAGAUUUUUAAUAAAUUAAUUUAUAAAUCUUAGUAUGUAAGCCUUGAAUUUAUCGCCAGUUCUGUUAUUUCUUUAAUUUUCAUUAAACAAUCGCCACGAGCGCGAAAACUAUG